UGUGUGUAUGACCUCGGUGGUACCGUGCCAACAUACGUAUUUAGUGAGUUUCCAGUGCUUUGCAAGUGUUUAGUGUGAUUAAGCAUCAACUGAGAUCUCUUUUCGCCUAUUUUCUAAAGGAUGACUUAAGCGCGGCACAAACAGUCAUGCGGCGCGCGUUGCUGCUGCUACUGGCGGCAGUGCUGGCUGCCGCUGCCGCUUGCCCGUGGGCCUGCUCGUGCCGCCCUGGUGCCGCUGACUGCGCGCACCGCGCUCUUCUGCACGCGCCUCGCCGCCUGCCGACCGACGCGCAUCGCCUAGAUCUUCAAGGCAAUAAUAUCAGCAUCAUAUUCCAGAGCGACUUCCAGAAUUUGAAGGAACUCAAGAUAUUACAACUAUCAGAAAACCAAAUCCACACUAUCGAACGAGACGCCUUCCUCGAGCUCAACGCACUGGAACGCCUGAAACUGAGCAAUAACCGUCUGGGCCAGUUGCCUGAUGGAAUUUUUGUGAGAUUGAGGCAUCUACAGCGUUUGGACCUAAGCCGCAACGAGCUGACUGCGAUCAGUCGAAGAACCUUCCGAGGUCUCACAGCGUUAAAGAGUCUACACCUGGACGGAAACCAGCUCAAAUGCAUAGACGAGAAGGCGCUGGAACAUCUCAAGAGUUUAGAAGUGUUGACCCUAAACAACAAUAAUUUGACGUACCUGUCGCUGGACGCUGCGUCUGUCGCACGCCUGCACACGCUGCGACUGACGGACAAUCCUAUCGUGUGCGACUGUCGUGUCGCGCGGCUGUCUGCGUCCGUUCGCGCUGCAGGCAUCCUCGGAGUUGGGGCAAGGUGUCAGGCGCCAGUUACUCUAAGAGGUGCUCUACUCACAGAGUUGGAAGCGCACGAGCUGAUAUGCAACGGCCCAACGACGACGGCGGUGGCGGAGUGUUCGGCCGAGCCUCGCUGCCCGCCGCCCUGUCGCUGCUCGCCGGACGGCACGGUGGACUGCCGCGAGAAGCUGCUCACAGACCUGCCCAGCAUCCCUCACCGAGCUACCGAGAUUCGCCUAGAACAGAACGAGAUAACCGAAGUGGGGGCGGGGGCGUUCUCGGCGGUGAAGCGAGUCGCGCGCAUCGACCUGUCCAACAACAAGAUUUCCAAAAUAGCCGCCGACGCGUUUAACGGACUUACGCAUUUGACUUCUUUAGUUUUAUAUGGGAACAAAAUUAAGGAUUUACCUUCUGGAAUAUUUCAUGGCCUGACAUCAUUGCAGCUCCUAUUACUGAACUCAAACGAAAUCACAUGCGUCCGUAAAGAUACUUUCCGCGAUCUACAGAGCCUGAAACUAUUAUCUCUGUACGACAAUAACAUAAGGUCUUUGCCGAAUGGAACAUUCGACUCGCUCACUGGAAUCCAGACUCUGCAUUUAGGUCGGAAUCCCUUCGCGUGCGACUGCUCUCUGCGCUGGCUCGCCGCGUAUUUACGCAAGAACCCAAUAGAAACUUCCGGCGCCAAAUGCGACUCACCAAAGCGGAUGAACCGGAAGAGGAUCGACGCGUUGAGGGAAGAGAACUUCAAAUGCAAACCUGGUGAAGAGACAGCCGAAGCUUGCGGGGACGAGCCCCCGUGCCCGGAUAUGUGCGCGUGCUCCCGCGCGUUAGUGCGCGGCGUGCGCGUCGCGUGCGCGCGUGCCCGCUUAUCCGACGUGCCGAGGGACCUGCCCAUCACCACCAUUGCACUCAUCAUGCCAGACAACAAUUUGGGUCAGAUCAAGUCGGACGGUCUGUUCGGGAGGCUGCCGGACCUCACCAAACUGGAUUUUCGAAACAACGGGAUAACAGUGAUAGAAGACAACGCAUUCGACGGUGCGGCAUCCAUACAAGAACUAUUGCUGGACGGAAAUCUGCUGCAGACUGUCACAGAUAAGAUGUUCUUUGGCCUACAUAGCCUCAGCACAAUAUCCUUGAUGGACAACAAAAUAAGAUGCAUAACUCCGGGAUCGUUUGACCACCUGACCAUGCUUACUACUUUAUCGCUCGGCAACAACCCGUUGCAAUGCACGUGCCAUAUAUCGUGGGUGCCCAACUGGUUGCGCAACCGGAGGCUCGCAACCGGCGCCGCGUGCGCGCACCCGCCCCCCCUUCGUGGCACGGAGGUGCAACAUCUAGAAGUUGCUGACUUCAAAUGCACCUCGGAAGAUCAGGGCUGCCUCCCGCAGGACUACUGCCCCGCCGGUUGCUCGUGUGCGGGCACCGUCGUGAGAUGUGCGCGCGCCAAACUGACAGCCCUGCCUGCGAGGCUACCCCCAUACACUACCGAGCUAUAUCUGGAGUCCAAUGAAAUAACGAGCAUAUCAGCCGACCAGCUCCGGCACCUGACCCAGCUGACCCGCCUGGACCUGUCCAACAACAAGAUCAGCGUGCUGCCCAACAACACCUUCGAGGCCCUGACCAAGCUGUCCACCCUCAUCGUCAGCUACAACCGGCUGCGGUGUGUCCAGCGCGACGCUCUGAAGGGUCUAACCCAGCUUCGCGUUCUGUCGCUGCACGGAAACAAUAUCUCGAUGCUCGCGGACGGCGUCUUCCGCGACCUGGAGUCUAUAUCGCACGUUGCUCUGGGCUCCAACCCGCUGUACUGCGACUGCGGGGCGCGCUGGCUGUCGGAGUGGGUGAAGGUGGCGGGCGAGUACGUGGAGGCGGGCAUCGCGCGGUGCGCCGACCCACCGCGCAUGCGCGACAAGCUCGUACUCAGCACCCACUCGGAGGCCUUCCAGUGCAGGGGCGAGCCGCCGGCGGAGGUGGUGUCGAAGUGCGACCGCUGCUACACGAACCCGUGCCUCAACCGCGGCGCGUGCUCCGCCACGGCGGCGGGCGGGUACGCGUGCGCGUGCGCGCGCGGCUUCCACGGCGACACGUGCCAGCACCAGAUCGACGCGUGCUACGGCUCCCCGUGCGCGCACGGCGCCUGCCAGCUGCUCGAGGAGGGCCGCUUCAGCUGCUCGUGCCACGCGGGCUACACGGGCGUGCGCUGCGAGGUCAACAUCGACGACUGCCUCACACACCGCUGCCAGAACAACGCCACCUGCCUCGACCACCUGGAGGGCUACACUUGCAAGUGUGCGCCUGGCUUUAUGGGUGAGUUCUGCGAGAAGAAGAUCCCGUUCUGCAGCGCGGAGUUCAACCCGUGCGCCAACGGCGCCACGUGCGUGGACCACGACAGCCACUACUCGUGCGCGUGCGCGCGCGGAUACGCGGGCCCCAACUGCACCACCAACGCGGACGACUGCCUCAACCACAUGUGCCAGAACGGCGCGACAUGCGUGGACGGGCUGGACGAGUACCGCUGCGCGUGCGCCGCCGGCUUCGCGGGCCGCUACUGCGAGGCGGCGCCGCACGCCGCGCUCGGCACCUCGCCGUGCGCGCACCACGACUGCGUGCACGGCGUGUGCUACCUGGCCGUGCACGAUGACGUCAUGACGGACAGACUGGCGCCGCCCGCCGACUACCUCUGCAAGUGCGCGCCGGGCUACUCGGGUCGUCUCUGCGAGUACCUCACCUCACUUACGUUCAACCACAAUGAUUCGCUGGUCGAGCUGGAACCGCUGCGGACGAUUCCACAGGCUAAUGUCACACUUGUGUUCAGUACUAAGCAGCUACACGGCGUGCUCAUGUACUUCGGUGACAACGAGCAUCUGGCGGUGGAGCUGUUCAACGGGCGAGUGCGCGUCAGCUACGACGUCGGGAACCACCCCACCUCCACCAUGUACAGUUUCGAAAUGGUCUCAGAUGGUAACUACCACAAGGCGGAGCUCUUGGCUGUUAAGAAAAACUUCACACUGCGCGUCGACGACGGACCCGCGAGGUCUAUCAUCAAUGAAGGCAGCAAGGAGUUCUUGCGGCUGGAGCGGCCCAUGUUCGUGGGCGGUGUACCGGAAGACGUGGCCAAGGACGCCUUCGGGAAGUGGCACCUUCGGAACAUCACCAGCUUCAAAGGCUGCCUGAAGGAGGCGUGGAUCAACCACAAGCGCGUGGACUUCGUGAAUGCGGCGCGCAGCGUGCGGACGCGUGCGGGCUGCGGCGCGGCCGGGGACGCCGCGCGCCCGCACGCCGCGCCGCCGCCGCCGCACGCGCUGCAGGAAGACGGCGCGCACGAGCCGGACCCGUGCGUGCCCAACCCGUGCGCGCGCGGCGGGCGUUGCGUGCGCGAGGCGGGCUCCCGGUCCGACUACACCUGUCGCUGCCGCGCUGGCACGGCGGGCGCGCAGUGCGAGCUGCGCACUUCUGUCGGUGGCGCUCCUGUCAUCGCUCAGGGGAAACUGCCUCCGCGCAAACAAAUCAUGAGCAACGUGCAAGCAUCGCCAGCCUCGCCACCGCAAAAGCAGUACCCCGAAGAGAGCCCAGCUCAGCCCGCGCCCAACGGGCCUGCCUGUCGCAAGGAGGCCACGCGCGAGUUCGUGUCGGAGGGCGCGUGUCGCAGCCGGCGCGCGGUGCGAGGGGCGCGGUGCGCGGGCGGCUGCGGGAAGACGGCGUGCUGCGGGCCCCGCAAGACCAAGAAGCGAAGGAUCCGACUUGUCUGCGCAGACGGCACCCGAUACACCAAAGAUAUAGAGAUAGUGAGGAAAUGCGCGUGCGGUAAGAAGUGUCCCCGAAGCGCGCCGUUCCUGCAUUGACUCCAAAUACACCAUAC